UACAGACUCUAGACCCCAAACGUCAGACUACACCUCAAAUCCUUAUAUAAAGCCCCUAUCCCAACAGAAUUCAAGCCAUGCACAUCUAGGUCACUUCUAAGAGGUCCCAACUCACAAACACAACAUUUUGCAAUUUGCAUUGACUAGUACCCACCGGUAUGAACAAUCGCCACAUUCUUCUGGUAACUGUCCCAGGACAAGGCCACAUCAAUCCGUCCCUCCAAUUUGCCAAGCGCCUCGUGGCAAUGGGCGUCAAAGUUACCUUUGCCACUAGCCUCUUCGCCAUCCAGCGAAUGAACAAAACCGCCCCAAUCCCGGAAGGCUUAACCCUCGCCCCCUUCUCCGAUGGCUAUGACAAUGGCGGGCAAUUUGAAAACAUCGAAAACUACAUAUCCUCGCUCCGAAUUCACAGUUCCCAAGCUGUUGCAAAUCUCAUCAAUGCCAGCAAAGACAAAGACCACGUCUUCGCACGUGUGGUCUACACCACAAAUAUCCCGUGGGUAGCAGAAGUGGCACAUGAUCUUCACAUUCCUUCCACACUUCUUUGGGUCCAACCAGCAACUAUUAUGGACAUUUACUACUAUUACUUCAAUGGGUAUGCCGAUGUUAUUACAAAAAAUAGCUGUGACCCCGUUUGUCCAAUUGAAUUGCCAGGACUUCCAUUGCUCACUAGUCGUGAUCUUCCUUCCUUCUUACUUCCUAAUCUUACAGACUCCUACAAUUUUCUUCCAGUAUUCAAAAAGCACUUAGACAUACUUGAUGCCGAAACAAAUCCACAAGUACUAAUUAAUACCUUCGACACAUUGGAAUCUGAUGCUCUACGAGCUAUCCAGAAGCUCAACAUGAUUGCAAUUGGGCCGUUAAUCCCAUCAGCCUUUUUGUAUGGAAAAGAUCCAUCUGAUAUUUCAUUUGGAGGUGAUAUGUUUCAGAAGUCGACGGGCUAUAUAGAAUGGUUGAACUCGAAGCCAGAGUCCUCUGUUGUUUAUCUGUCAUUUGGAAGCCUUUCCGUGUUAUCAAAGAAACAAAUGGAAGAGAUGGCACAUGGAUUGUUGGAAAGCCAAAGGCCAUUCUUGUGGGUGGUAAGAAAUACUGAUCAAAAUGGAAAGAACAUAGAAAACAAAGUAAGUUGCAUGGAGGAAUUGGAAAAGCAAGGGAUGAUUGUGUCUUGGUGUUCUCAAGUGGAGGUUCUGUCACACCCAUCAUUGGGAUGUUUUGUGACACAUUGCGGGUGGAAUUCUACAUUGGAGAGUUUGGUUUCUGGGAUUCCAAUGGUGGCACUUCCACAGUGGACAGAUCAGGGAACUAACGCAAAGCUCAUAACAGAUGUUUGGGAUACGGGGCUGAGAGUGACGGUAAACGAAGAAGGAAUAGCUGAGAGGGAGGAGUUUAAGAGGUGCAUAGAAAUGGUGAUGGGGGAUGGAAAGAAAGGGAAAGAAAUGAAAGGAAAUGCCAAGAAAUGGAAGGAAUUGGCAAGGGAAGCAGUCGAGGAAGGUGGGUCAUCGGACAUGAAUAUUAAAGCUUUUGUGAGUGAGAUCGAAAAUCAAAAGUUUGUUCAGUAGUAUGAACUUUGUUCUUGAUUGAAUCUUCACUUCUUUUUCCUGUAAAUUGAUUGGAUCUUCAUUUUUGUUCACUUUUGAUUUACUUUUUGCUUUGUUUUCACAUUUGUAACUCAAUUGAUAUGUGCCUAAAAGGUCAUGCAUUUGCUAUUCCAUUUUAUAAUAAAUUAAAAUAUCAGGGCUUUCUUGUAAUAUGAA